ACUCCGAUGAGCAUAGAGCUGCAGUUCAGCGUUCGAUUCUACGACAAGCGGUCGGAUAGGCCCACGUUCCGGCAGCCCGUUACUAUUCCACCCCGUGUGAUAACCUUCAAUCCCGGCAUUCGUCGCAGUCAGCUUCAAGACCUGAUCAAGACGACAUUUCCUCAUGCCCUUGACGGCUACGAUGCGUCGGAGCUGCUGUUCCCGGAUCACCAAGCUCUGACUGCCGAUGAUGUGAUAAUCGACGCCACCAGCUUCCCUUCGCAUGGCGGAGCAGACCAGGAUCACAUCAGGGUCGAAGCAGGCCUGCAGGGGGGGCAACAAGGCGAGAGCGAGGCCACACGAAAACGAGUAAUGCGGUAGGAUGGCGGAGGUGGCGAUUUGAGGCAUGUGCGUGUAUCUUCCUUUUGUUCACAGAGGCGGCUCUGCGGCUUCUACCUCUGGCUGCCGAUUAUUUUCCUGGUUAUCUCCAUCUUCAUAUACGGCACUAGCGGACAGCACUUCCACGGCGGCUUCUGGUCGGGAUUCUGCCUUGCAGUCGCACUCUUGUUCGUCGGCCUCAUACUCGCUGACCUCCCGGUUGCCGACAGCAUCGACCGAUACGUUCAGGGACGAUACUUCGGGUGGUGCCUCCUCGACUGCCCCGACUGGUGCGGCUGCUUCAGAGACCAGCCGCGAGGUGACAAGCAAGACUCCCUUGUUGGAAGAGCACCGUGUUGGAAGAGGACCGUGAGCGGUCGAGCGAAGGGAUGUGAGGGUGGUGAUUGUUGGCUUUUCUAUUGUGAGGGGACAGUGGUGGUUGGGUGGAGGGUGGAGCAGCAAUUCGUUCCUGUUGACUGACUGACUGAUUGAUAGACGGAGGACAUCAGACACAUGGAUGCCUUCAUGUGAUCUCCUGCCUGCAGCUGUGUGUGUCUGUUCGUUGCCGAUUGCCUUCUCACUCGGACUCAUCCACCCACCCUCCUCACUCAAUCGCUCCACUCUCUCAUUCAGUCAGUCAGUCAGUCAACCUGUCAACGCUAUCCAUC